AUGUAUAACCUGUGGAAGAAGUUGAAGAAUUUGAAGGUGUUAAACAACUACCUAGCCUCAUAUAGUCAAAAACUCCAACAGGCUAGUCAAAAACUGGAGAUCACUCAAGCAUCUUUGAGGGUUCAACCUAUGGAUCAAUCUCUCAUAGACCAAGAAAAAGCCACUUUGUUGGAGAUUGCAAAAUGGAGAAAUAUUGAAGAAUUAGCCCUUAGACAGAAAUCCAAGUCUAACUGGAUCACUAGUAGGGAUUCUAAUAGCAAGUACUUUCAUGCCCAAUGCAAGAUAAGGGCAAGUAGAAACACCAUAACUUCUGUGUAUGCUGACAAUGGCUCAAAAAUUACUGACCCUGUACUGGUUGAGACUGAAUUCAUAUCUUUCUUCACUAAGCAUAUGGGUACUGCUGCUGAAGAAAUGCCAUGCCUAAAUUCAGAAACUAUUAGAAGAGGACCUUGUCUUUCUUACCAACAGAAGUUUGACCUGAUCAGAGAUAUGACUAAUGUGGAAAUUCUAGCUGCAAUCAAAGGGGUAAUAAUGCAAUCCUAG